AUGAGCUCCGUCUCCGCCGGGUAUGACGGCGGUGUCCAGCAGCAGCAACAGCAACAGACAGCGAGUGUCGACACGUGGAGAUCCCAGUUCCAGAGCAAGAUCAACAUCCUGCCCAAGCCCAAGGGAGACUGCGCCGUGUGCUUCUACGAGCAGCCCAACUUUGUCGGCAGCAGCUUCUGCGUCGGCAAGCGCGAGCAGAGCUGCACCAAGGUGAACCCGAUCACGGCUCCGGGGACGAUCGGCAGCAUAAAGUUCGGCAAGGGCUGCAACCUCGUGGCCAACGUCCGCGUGACGGAUGCCCCCUACGACUCGCACGUCGACGUGCUCUCGACCGACGUGGCCAACACGGGCUACAACCUGACCUCGGACCACUCGGUCCAGGAAGUGUACGUCGAGGAGGCUGGCCGCGCCUGCUUCCUGGGAACGCCCGAGUCUGGAAAUGGCUACGGUCUCUGCUACACCAAGAGCGUGCCCAUCGUGGACGACCAGUACCGGAACGCGCUCACCGAGCUGAUGCUCUUCAAGUCGGACGCCAAGGACUUCGACGUGAUCGCGUACGAGAACGACUACUACAACAGCCCGGAAAAGAGCGUCGUGCAGCGAGCGGUGUCGGAGAGCAACAAGCCCGGACUCUCGCAGCGCUUCACCGGGUACAGCAAGACGCUGGAUACCAGCGCCACCGACAGCUCCACGGGCAUGAAGAAGACUCUCACGAACAAAGUGCGCUCCAUCGAAUUCGUCGAGCCCGAAGAGGACUCGACCCCCGGCUCCGUGCACUCCCCUGCCCAGUACGCAGUCUAG